AGCGCUCUGCGCAUGCGCGCUCAUCCUUCUCUCCCUCCUGACCUCCUCCCGGGUUCUGCUGCGCCGCCGCCGCUGAUCAACUUCUCCCGUGAAAGCCGCUCAAAAUCCUCCACACAGAUCCUGGCACACACGAGGCAUGGCAGGUCUCUUCGGGAAGAUCCAGAUCGGCAUUUACGUGGAGAUCAAGCGCAGUGAUGGAAGAAUCCACCAGGCCAUGGUGACGUCACUGAAUGAAGACAAUGAGAGCGUGACGGUGGAGUGGAUUGAAAACGGAGACACAAAAGGGAAAGAGAUCGAUCUGGAGAGCGUAUUUGCGCUAAAUCCAGACAUUGCACCUGAAGAGGAAAUCCCACGAAGUCCUGAGACCCCUCCGCCGUCCGUGUCCAGUGCCAACAAAAUCAACAAGAUCCCUCAAAACAAGAAUCGUCGAACAGUAGUGCCCCCGAAAAAUGAAACCCCUGCAAAGGAUAAUCGAGUCACUGUAGGUACGACUCGAGCGCGGCCGAGCCAACAGACCGAAGUGCCUCCAUCAGCACCCGUCCCACCUCCACCCAUCCAACACCAGACCCUGCAGCAGCAGCAGACGGCUCGCAGGAAGUCCAACUGUGUGAAGGAAGUGGAGAAACUUCAAGAGAAGCGGGAAAAGAGACGAUUACAGCAGCAGGAGCUGAGAGAGAAAAGAGCACAGGAGGUCGAUACCACCACCCCUAAUUAUGAAAUCAUGUGCAUGAUUCGAGACUUUAGAGCGAGCUUGGACUACAGACCACUGACCACUCAAGAUCUGAUCGAGGACCACAGGAUAUGCGUGUGUGUUCGGACGCGGCCACUGAACAAGAAAGAGCUGACCACGAAGGAUCUGGACGUCAUCACCAUCCCCAGUAAAGACGUGGUCAUGGUCCACGAGCCCAAGCAGAAAGUGGAUUUAACCAGAUACCUGGAGAACCAGACGUUCCGCUUCGAUUACGCUUUCGACGACACCUCGACAAACGAAAUGGUGUACAGGUUCACCGCUCGGCCGCUGGUGGAGACUAUAUUUGAGAGAGGAAUGGCCACUUGUUUCGCUUACGGUCAGACGGGCAGCGGGAAGACUCAUACCAUGGGAGGAGAUUUUUCGGGGAAGAACCAGGAUUGCUCCAAAGGGAUCUACGCUCUCGCUGCACGGGAUGUUUUUCUCAUGUUAAAAAAACCAAACUACAAGAAGUUGGAUCUUCAGGUGUACGCCACGUUCUUUGAAAUCUACAGCGGGAAGGUGUUUGAUCUUCUGAACAGGAAGGCGAAGCUGCGUGUGCUUGAAGACGGGAAGCAGCAGGUUCAGGUGGUCGGGCUGCAGGAGCGAGAGGUCAAAUGCACCGAGGACGUGCUCAAACUCAUCGAGAUGGGCAACAGCUGCAGGACGUCUGGACAGACCUCGGCUAACGCUCACUCGUCCCGCAGUCACGCCGUGUUUCAGAUUAUCAUCCGCAGGAGGGGCAAAAUGCACGGAAAAUUCUCUCUCAUCGACCUGGCGGGGAACGAGCGAGGGGCGGACACGUCGAGCGCAGACCGACAGACGCGUCUCGAGGGCGCAGAGAUCAACAAAAGUCUGCUGGCGCUGAAGGAGUGCAUCAGGGCUUUGGGUCGAAACAAACCACACACCCCGUUUCGAGCCAGUAAACUCACGCAGGUCUUGAGAGAUUCCUUCAUCGGAGAAAACUCUAGAACAUGUAUGAUCGCUACAAUCUCUCCUGGAAUGGCAUCAUGUGAAAACACAUUAAACACUCUGAGAUACGCUAACAGAGUGAAGGAGUUUGGGAUCAGUCCCUCUGACAUCCCCUUCUCUCAGGGGGGCGGCGGGCGCUCCGAACUCUCUCCCACCUAUGAGUACGAUGACUUUGCUUCCUCACCCAGCAGGGUGAAGGAGCUGAGCGUCGACCCCAGUGUGGUGAUGGAGGGACACUCGCUCAGUCAGCUGGACGUCCUGGAGGCGCAGUGGGGAGUGGGCAGCUCUCCUCAGAGAGACGAUCUCAAGCUGCUCUGUGAACAAAACGAAGAGGAAGUGUCCCCGCAGCUCUUUACCUUCCAUGAGGUGGUGUCUCAGCUGGUGGAGAUGGAGGAGCAGGUUCUGGAGGACCACCGCGCCGUGUUUCAGGAGUCCAUACGCUGGCUGGAGGACGAGAAGGUUCUUCUGGAGAUGACGGAGGAAGUUGAUUAUGAUGUGGAGUGUUUUGCCACUCAGCUUGAACAAAUCCUGGAUCAGAAGAUCGAUGUGUUAACAGAGCUGAGAGAUAAAGUGAAGUCUUUCCGCUCGGCUCUUCAGGAAGAGGAACAGGCCAGUAAGCAGAUCAACCCUAAACGCCCACGAGCCCUGUAGCCACAAUCCCAUCAGCCCUCAUCUCAUCAGUGUAUCCACAAGUGUAACCUGGUCGUGAUGUGACGCUUUCUUUCAUCAGACAAAAGCACAUUUGAACUGUAUAGAUGAUUUGAGUUCUUACUAAACUGAAUGAUGAUAGAGAGGGCACACAGUGAGCUAAUGCAUGAACAAACCAGCUCUGCAUCAUCUGACUGGACCGUGUGUGUGUGUGUGUGUGUGUGUGUGUGUGUGUCUGUCCUGUAAAUAUGUCAUUGACUCAUUUAUGCUUUUCAGAUGUAUAUAUAUUUGCAUAACAGUUUGCCAGGUAAUAUGAUUUAUACCGUCCUAAUGGAAACGAGCUGAUACAGUCUAGAAAUAGUAACAAUUAGGGAUGCACAGAAAUAUACAUUUUGACUACUAAUCAAGGAAACUUGUUUCCAACAUAAGAUGUAUAUAAAGCAGAAUUGUGAGAUAUUUUUUUUUUUAUCCCAAAAAAUUAAGUACUUUUAUUUUGUCAUCUUACAUAUAUAUAUGUAUACAUACAUACAGACACGUGUGCAUACGUACAUAUGUGUACACACACACAAAUUUACAUUUAUUCAUUUAGCUGACGCUAACCCUAACCUCUAACCCAAAGCGAAUUACAAUUGCUAUAUAUGUCAGAGGUCCCACGCUCAAGGACACAUUGGUGUCUCACAGUGGAUUCGAACCCGAGUCUCUCACACCAGUGGCAUGCGUCUUAUCCACUGCGCCAAAACCACCCCAAUACAUACAUACAUAUACACACAUAUACAUACAUACACACACAUACAUACACACACAUACAUACAUACGUACAUAUACAAACAAAAGAUAAGCUUUCGUGACGAUGCGCAGCAGUGGCCCGUCAACUGUCUUGAGCAUCUUUUUAGGCUGUCCUCAGCCAGUCGGUUAUAUAACAUAUCAAGGUGAAAAGUCAUCAUAGCUUGCUUAAUAUGGACCCAGCUCCCAACCCAACUUUGAUAAUAGAUUAUUAUAUAAAUAGAUAUUUUUUUUAAAUCGCCCAAUAAGAGUCGUUAACGCCGAUAACGGCCCACCACUAAUAUAUAUACAUACACAUACAUACAUACAUACAUACACACACACACACAUACAUAUACAUAGGUACAUAGACAUACAUACGUACAUAUAUAUAUAUAUAUAUAUAUUAUACAUACACAUACAUAUAUAUACACAUACAUACAUAUACACACACAUACAUACAUACACACACAUACACAUACAUAUACAUAUAUACAUACUUUACUUUUCUGAAUUGUUUUGAACUGAGUUUAUAGCUCAAAAUUCUGUUUAUAUCUCGCAAUUCUGACUUCUCAGGAAAAAAAAAAAAAAGUCUUACCGGUGGGAUAAAAAGUUGUAAUUACCAUUUUUAUUUUAUUUUUACUAGUCUAUAGCUAACGAGGCUAUGUUGUUGUUGUUUUUUUAACUCUCUGGUGCUUUUGGGUAAUUUUUCACAGAAUAAUAUAUUUAUUUUUUAACCCAAAUCUGGAUGGUACAAAACUUAAAGGUUUUGCUACUUGCUACGUGAUCACAGGAAAAAAACUGACUGGUUAAAUUGUCCUGAAUAAAAUAGUCACAUUUGCACUGUUUGCUAACUAAUAAUAAUAAUAAUAAUAAUAAUAAUAAUACAUUUCAUCUAGUGUAAAAAAAAAAGUUUGGUACUGUGCCCAAUUAAAAUUCUAUUGGAAGCUAAUUUUUUGUGAUAUCAACAUCAAAUCUGGAAACCAACUUUUGAUCUUUUUUAAUGUAUUUUUUUUUUUAGAUUAAAAGGUUUUCUAAAAUACAUUUCAUAUAAAAUGUAAAAAAAAGAAAAAGUAUUUGUGCAUUUUUCAUAAACUUAAAAAAAUACUUUGUGCUCCAAAACAUUCAUGAUUUAAGACCGUUUAAGGUCUAUACUGUUUAUAAGUGGUUAAAAGUCAAAUUGAUAAACCAGUCUAUAAAUUUUUGUACCAUAAGAUCCCUUGAAAAUACAAGAUAAAAAAAACAUUAUCAAAAGUAUAGUACACUACCUUAAAAUAAUACAAAUUCAGUCAUUUUUCACUGACAUGUAAAGCGCACCAGAGAGUUCAAUUAAAACACACUGGGCAUCAUUUAUCAAUCUCAAACAUGACAGUUAUUUUGAAUAAAUAGUAUAUAUAUAUUGGGGUGUCCCAUAUUAAUUGUAUUGAAAAUUGUAUUGGCCCAUUUAUAUAUAGUCAGAUGUAUAUUGUGCAUCCCUAGUUACAGUAGAAGUUGCAUGACUGCAAUACAGAUGAUCUCUAUUGAGACCUACAGAAACUGCUGAAUUUAAUAAUUCAUGAAGCAGUGAGACAUUCCUUUUUUUUUUUUUUGAUUGCCAGUAAGAGCCUUUACUGUAACAAAAAACAAAUGCAGACCUUAUUGCACCAACUUCACAAUAAACUGAUAGAUUUCCAUGAAAAUUUCAGUGAACAAACUAAUCAUGCUAAUUCAGCUGAGAUGAACAGGCCAGAGAAGUUCAGAUAUUUUAAGAAUGACGAUUUUGUUACCAUACAGUGUUAUGUUUACAUUUUGAGGAAUAUGUAAAUAUGUUUAGGCCAUAGUCUCAUUUUUUUUUUUUUAAGAAUAUUUAUUGAAGCAUCAGUGUUUUAGUUUUUUUUUUUUUUUUUUUAUGUUGCCCAUCAAUGCUUGAAUGAUUUUGUUCCCAUCUCAUUUGAAGAGUUUGUGUGAUGAGGGGAAUCUGGAUCUGUACAGGACUCAGUGUUUCAAUGUAUUGCGUUGAUAAAAUAAAGAGCCAAAUCAAAAUCA